AUGGCAGACGCCGACAUCAAAAAGCUCCCGCUCAACGAUGAAGACGACGAAAUACUGGCUCAGCUGGGCCACACCCAGGAGCUACGGCGAGACUAUUCCAUCUGGUCGCUGGGAGCCUUGUGCCUGUGUUUGAUGGCAACGUGGGAGGCCCUGUCGACUGUUAUCGCAACCGCCUUGUCAACAGGCGGAGCACCUUGUCUGUUCUUCAACUUGCUCCUCUCUGUCAUUUGCACCAUGGCAAUAUCGCUUUCGUUGGGAGAAAUUGCGUCCAUCUACCCAACAGCUGGAGGCCAGUAUCAUUGGGUUGCGGCCCUUUCUCCGCCGUCAACACGCUCAGUUGCGGCUUGGUCUACAGGAUGGAUCAACCUCGGUGGCCAAAUUGUCCUAACAGCUUCUGCUGCCUUUGCAGCUGGCCUACAAAUGCAGGGCAUGAUUGUGCUAAACAAUGAGUCCUAUGUCCCAGCGAGAUGGCAAGGCCUCCUUCUCUACUGGGCCGUGCUGGUGUAUGCUGCGUCGAUGAACAUUUGGGGAUCGCGUCUGCUGCCAACCGCCAAUCUGCUUGCAGGUGUUCUUCAUGUCGCAGGUUUAUUCGCAGUCCUCAUCGUCCUAGGUGUCUUGGCGCCAAAAAACACAGCAUCUUUUGUCUUCACCGAGGUAUCCAACAGCAGUGGCUGGUCUAGUGACGGCGUCUCCUGGCUUGUCGGCCUUAUAUCAGCCGUAUACCCUCUCCUCGGCUACGAUGCGGCAUGCCAUCUGGCAGAGGAGAUGCCUCACGCAUCCCGCAACGUACCACUUGCUAUGGUUGGCUCCACCCUGGUGAACGGCAUUUUAGGGUUGGGCUAUUCCAUCAUGCUACUCUUCUCUACCGGCCCGCUCGAGGCUCUGCUCACAACACCCACCGGCUUCCCCUUUAUGCAGAUUUUCCUCGACGGGACAAAAUCUCCAGUCGGCGCAACUGUCAUGAGCGCCAUUAUCGACAUUAUUGCCAUUACUGCUUCCGUAGCAGGCGUAACUUCGACGUCUCGCACACUCUGGGCUUUUGCUCGCGACAAGGCCACACCUUUUGAUCGCUACUUUUCGUACGUCGACCACAAAUCGCAAAUCCCCGUGCGUGCCGUCGUUAUUGUCACCGUACUCCAGAUGCUGCUCGGUUUCAUCUACUUGGGCAAUUCGACAGCUUUCAACGCUAUCCUGUCCAUGGCUGUACUGGGGCUGUAUGCUUCGUACCUUAUCCCUAUCGUCUAUUUUAUGAUCCACGGACGUCCAAACUUCACCGCACAUGACUUUGGCGUGUUCAAAUUACCGAAGCGUCUGGGUCUGGCGCUGAAUCUGCUCGCAUGUGCGUGGCUGAUUCUGGCUAUGGUGUUCUCGACUUUCCCAACGUCGAUGCCUGUGACGCCACAGAAUAUGAACUACUCUACAGUAGUCAUGGUAGGCUGGGUGGUGCUAGGCGGCGUGUACUAUCUCGUAAGCGGCCGACAUAAAUUCAAGGUCCCUGUAGUUGAUAGAGAGGCGCGCGGAUUCUGA